GUCCUACAUAUUUAACUAAUAUUUUUCCCGAAUUCGUUCUAAAUGGUCUCGAUAUUGAUUCUGUGACCCUGUUAGACAGAUAACCGUAGGAGCCCUACAAAUUCCUAUAUCUAUUCAUUGCCAUGGAUGCGGAUCAACAAAUGUGGUGUCAUACCACCACACUCCGCAUCUGUACAACAAUCCAAAUACCUUUGCAAGGAACUUGUUCUUGCGCCACAUUCGUCAAGAAUUGCCCGGCUCCGAUGACGAUGGAGAAGAAGAAAAGAAAUUGAAUCAUCCAGUAUACAUACGUGCUCUUGAUACUACCAAGAUUUUCAAAAAAAAAAAAAAAACAGUCAUUGUUCAGUAUCUCAAGGAAAGUUUGGAAAUUCCUGAAAAGAAAAUAAUUCAUGGCACCCUGAAGCUAUCCACAAAGCAUGAUGGAAAUGGAAAUAUCCAGUGAAGUUGGAAAGGAUGGCGGAAGCGAAGACGGCGAACGAUCUUCGUCCCGAAGUUCCGCAGGAAGUACUUUUUGCGCCUUGGAAGAGGAUUACGCAAAGAUACUCAAAGAGAUGAAAAAGAACUCAGCACUGGCAGCCUUCGAGACUGAGUACACAAGAUUGUUCGACUCAUUGUAUACGACCCACAGAAACGAACAACGUCUAGAAAACGAGUGCGAGGAUCUUCAGGAAGAAAUCGAUGAGUGCAGAACUCAAUUAACUGUUGCGGAAAAACAAGCUGAAUUAUACCGCACAAAAAUCGAGGAACUAAAGGAAGACAUUGAAAAUGCUUUGAAAUUAGCGGACGCAGCUCACGAUCGUGAACAGGCGGCUCAGGAAAAGAUAGCCAGUCUACGUUUGACGGCAAAAAAAUUGAGCGAUGAGUUGGAUCAGAAAAACAGACAACUUGGGAUGGAAGAAAAAGGCACGGCAAUCAGCAAGCAGAAGGAAGGUCUGCUAAAAGAGCGUGAAAAAAUGCUGGUUGAGAUCGACGGACUGCGUCAACGUAUCGCGAAUGCUGUAACAGUGAAUGAGGAACUGGAAAGAAAGAAUAGCUUGGUCGAUCACAAGAUGUUAGAGCUCCAGGACACUAUAGAAACACAGACGAAUGAUUUUUCGAAGGAACGUACUGCGAGAGAACGAGCUGAACAGACUAUUCUCGACUUGCAGGAGGAAUUGAGAUUGAAGAAUGUUGAUUUGCAGAACGCUACCAACACGUUGAAAAACUGUACGGCAAAUGUGGCCAAACUUGAAAGCACUGUAAAAGAACAAAAACUGGCGGCUGAAAAACUGCAGAAACAAAUUGAACAAUUCAUGGUUAAAAGAUUGAACGCUCAGGCUGAGAUUGAUAAUUUGAACACGCAGCUUGACGAAAUGAGUAAAGAGAAUAUCGAAAGAAAUAAGAAAAUAAAGGCCGUAGAAAUGGAGAACAACAGGUUGGUCAGCGAACUUGAGAAGUUGAAGUCCCAAAGAGAGGGUGCAGGAAAAAAGCUGUUCAAGGCCGAGUCAGUCAAAACAAAAUUGGAAGCUGAGUUGCACAAAGCAAAAUCUGUGAUCCAAUCAAUGGAAGCGGACAUGGACAGGUUGAUAAAGAAAUCCGAGAGCGAUAAGAGAGCACUGGAGGUGAUGCGUCGAGAGAAGGAUUUGAAGAAUAAAGCGUUGACAACCGCGAGGUCGAACUUGAAGAAACAGGGCCUGUUGCUGAAAGUGCAAGAGCAGGCGAAAAUAAAACUGGAAUCUGAGGUCAGCGAAUGUAUGACCAAUAAUCAGGCGUUAAAGAAGACUGAACAGUAUCUGGAAAAGGAACGGGACAAAUACAUCGUCGAGGUUCAAGAAUUGGCCCAGAAAGUUGAGGACCAAAUCGAUUUGGUCAAGAUGAAACAGAUGGAGAUAUUUGAUUACAAGAAACGUUUGGCCGAGGCCGAAACGAAGUUCAGGCAACAACAAAAUUUAUUCGAAGCCGUACGUGCUGACAGGAAUACUUGCAGCAAAGCUCUGAUCGAGGCACAGGACGAAGUGCUCGACUUGAAGCAGAAAUUGAAAAUCAUGGGCAAUCAAAUCGAGCAGCUCAAAGAAGAGGUUUCCACCAAAGAGUCUAAUCUGAUCAAAGAAGAAUUCCUGCUCGGAAAAGCGGAGAAAGAGAAGGACGCCCUGAAGGUGGAACUGCAGACGGCCCAUAAAGAUAUAUCUGCAUUACGACACGAGAAUGAGGAAAGAAAAUUGGAGGAAAAACGACUGAGGCGGACGCUCCAAACCGCCGAGAACGAUCUGGUUCGUAACAAGAAAGAAAUUGAAAUGAUAAUGAACGAGCGGGAUAUUCUCGGAACUCAGUUGGUCAGGCGAAACGAUGAAUUGAGCCUUCAAUAUAGCCGACUGAAAAUUUUCCAAAGUACUAUUCGCAGAGGAGAUGCUCAGUACGCCCAGAGAUUGGAAGACAUAAGAUUACUAAAACUGGAAGUCAAGAAAUUAAGAACCGAAAAAGCCCUUCUCUCCAAAAGUCUUAUGAACGUCAGCGAUUUGAGACAAGAAAUAUUUCAUUUGGAUAGAGAUUUGACCCGAGAAAAAUUGAAGGUCAUGGCUCUGGAAGAGGAAGUACAAAAUCCAUUGAACAUUCACAGGUGGCGAAAAUUGGAGGGCUCUGAUCCGGAGACGUACGAACUCUUGUCGAAAAUUCAAAUACUCCAAAAGCGCGUGCUAAAAAUGUGCGCAGCGAUGAUUCAGAAGGAGAAAAAGAUAAAGGAAGGUGAAAAACUGUACAUGAAUUUACGAGCCGUUUUAUCCAAGCAACCAGGUCCCGAGGUAAUAAUUACCUUGCAGAAGACGCAGAAGGCACUGCGAGAAAGAGGAAAGAAAAUGAAGUGUCUCAUUGCGGAAUUGAACAUGAGUGAGUCACAGGUCAACGAGUACAAAUUUGACCUUGAAAGAAUGAACAAGGAGAUGUGUUCGUUGAAGAAUAAAUUUUACUUACAAAAGAAGAAGGAGCAACGUACGAACGAAGCAAAAAUCAUCGAUCUAUCCGAACCGAUUUUUCCCCCGGUUCCCGUUUAUCACAAAAAGUUUUGCGGCGGCGGUUUCAACAUGACCGUUCCAACGCCGCGAAACUGUUACGCAAUAGAAUCUGCUGAUUUCAAUAAAUAACCGCAACGAAGUAAAUCUCAGCAAAAAGGAAAUAAAAAAAAAAAAAAACAAAACGAUCGUGGUCUUGGAUAUGAAAGAACUUUAUCCAUCGACCGGAAGGCGUGAGAC